GCCCCUGAUUUGGAAUGUUCUUGCACUGAUAGCAGCUGCUCUGCUUACUCCCUUUUUCCUGAUGCUGGGAUGGGCUUUGUAUUAUCAUUUCUCCACAACCAAAGUCCCUGCUGGAAUGAGUGAAUCUCUAAAGGUCCGAUUUCUGCACAUUGCACUUGUCAUGGUGUUUGGCUUGGAUUACAUUUGCUGGAAAAUGGGUCUUUGCCACAGGCUUGCCAUAGUGAGGCUUGCCGUGGAUGGAAUUCCUCCAUUAGAUGAUCCAAGGGUCUCCAUAAAAAAUGAUUUCUUUGAGGGUGUACCUGUAAGGAUCUAUCAGCCUAAGAGGCCAUCAACUGGGUUGCAGAGAGGAAUUCUGUUCUUCCAUGGAGGAUGUGGACUGUUUGGGAGCAUUGUUGCGUAUGAGAGAUUGUGUCGCUAUAUCGCCAGGGAAAGUGACUCAGUGCUUCUAUCUGUUGGGUAUCAUCUUGCUCCAGAGAACCCUUAUCCAUCACAGCACAAUGAAUGUCUGGAUGUCGCUGUUAACUUUAUGAAGAAUUCUGAAAAGUACGGGGUGGACCCUGCCCGUAUCAUACUUUAUGGGGACAGUUUUGGAAGCACACUGACUGCUUACAUCUGCCAAGAGCUGAAAAGCAGAACCGAUCUGCCCAAGGUCCGUGCUCAGAUUCUGCUCUACCCUCUUCUCCAAGGAGUGGACUGUAAUUUACCUUCUUAUCAGCAGAACUGCUUCUUUCCCAUUCUAACCCGCGUUCAGGUCAUUAAAUUCGUCACACUCUAUUUUGAAACACCCACAUCAGUGAUUGACAUUGCCAUUUCAGGAAAUCUGUUCCCUGAAAGCAUUCAAAUGAAAUACAGGGAACAGCUACGUUCAGAUCUUAUCCCUCCAGAAUUUCAAACCAGAAACUAUCCGGCUGUGCCAACUUCCCCCAAAUAUAACAUAUUUAGCCUGCUGAGGGAACUGCAGAACAGAAAACUUUCCCCGCUCUUGGCUGAAGAGUCCUUUUUCAAAGGUCUUCCAGAGGCUUUCAUCCUAACUUGUGAAUAUGAUGUGCUGAGGGACGAUGGUCUGCUGUAUAAGAAAAGGCUGGAAGACAAUGGCGUCUUGGUGACAUGGUACCAUGUUGAGGAGGGAUUUCAUGCCAGUCCAGCCAUGCUGCAUCACUGGCUUAUCACUUUCUCCCAUUGCAAAAGAGCAAUGGAUUCUGUAGUUAAUUAUAUCAAAGGGCUGUAAAUUCUAACACGGUCUUAGGUCUCCCCCAACUGGAUGUAGGACUGUACAGAGAAUUGCUCAGUUGUACUACAA